AUGAACAAAGUUGAAGAUUCUACAACAAAAUUAUUGCAAACAGAUAUAUUGCAAAUAGAGUAAGGGAAGGAAAGUAUUUAAAUAGCUGAAGAGAAUGGAAGUAAUUCGUGGAAAGAGAAAAUGAAAUCUUUUUUGGUUGUACCAAUAUAGAAAUGUAGUCGUAAUAUAUGUUUGAAUGGACAAUGCACACCAAUAAAUCAAUAAAGUAAUGUGAUCAAGAAUUCUAAAUACAAUUUCUUUACAUUUCUACCAAAAGUGCUAUAUUAAUAGUUUCAUUAAUUCAUUAACAUCUUUUAUUUGGGAUUGACAAUAUCACAAUUUAUUUAACCUUUCAAAGUUGGAUUUCUUAUAGGAUAUUUAGGGCCUCUAGCUUUGGUGGUCACUCUGAGUGUUCUAAAAGAAUUGUAUGAUGAUAUAAAAAGACAUAAAAGAGAUAGACAAAUUAAUAGUACAAUAUAUAAGCGUUAUAUAAAUGGUUAAUGGGAAGAUAUAUCAAGUGGUUAAUUACAAGUAGGGAUGAUUAUAAAAAUAAACAGUAAUUAACGUAUACCAGCAGACAUUUUAGUAUUGGAAGCAAGUGAUGAUUAAGUAUUUAUUCGUACAGAUUAAUUGGAUGGUGAAACAGAUUGGAAAUUAAGGAAACCUGUUUAAUAUAUUUAAAAGAAAGGAUUAGAGAAUUUAAAUUUGUCUUCAUGUUCAUUGAAUUGUGAUCGUCCUUAAGAAAAUAUAUAUGAUUUUCAUGCUGUUUUUUAAUGUGAAUAAUCAAAAGAACCAUUAUCAUUAGAAAAUGUUAUGUGGGCUAGUACAGUACUUGCAAAUGGUAAUGUAAAUGGGAUAGUUAUAUAUAAUGGAUUUGAAACAAGAAUGGCCAUGAACAGUAGAUAACCUCAAACAAAGUUUGGUAAAAUUGACAGUAAUCUAUAUUCCAUAAAUAUUUAGCUGAAAUCAAUUAUAUGUCAAUUAUGCUUUUUAUAGCUAUGGGAUUCUUAUCAAUAAUGAUUACAAUACUAUCAUAACCUCCUUUAAAUGCUUUGGCCAUAUGUGUAGCCAUGGUUCGAUAUCUAAUUUUACUCUCAAAUAUUAUUCCCAUUUCCAUGAGAGUCAAUGUAGAAUUUGCUAAAUUAAUUUAUUGUUAUAAAAUAUCAAUAGAUAAAGGUAUAGAAGGUACAAUCCCUAGAAAUUCUAAUAUUCCAGAGUCUUUAGGGAGAAUAGAAUAUUUACUUACAGAUAAGACAGGAACCUUAACAUAAAAUGAUAUGAUAUUCAAGAAAUUAUCAUUAAAAUAGAAUGUUUAUACAUAUGAAAAUUAUGAUGAAAUGAAGAGGAGCUUAUUGACUUAAUUUGAGAUAGGUAAUUCAGAAGAAGAUGCAAUUUUAAGAGAUUUAUUGUUAGCUAUAGCAUUAUGCCACAAUGUUACUCCAAUAGAAGAGAAUGGAGAAAGAUAAUAUUAAGCCUCAUCUCCAGAUGAAGUUGCAUUGGUUAAGAUAGCUGAAUCUCUUGGAAUUACUUUAUUGAGUAGAGAUCAAAAUUCUAUGAUUAUAGAAUACAAUGGAUAAACUAAGAGAUAUGAAAUUCUAUAUAAUUUUCCCUUUUCUAGUGAAAGUAAAAGAAUGGGAAUUCUAUUGAAAUUAGAUAACCUAUAUAUAUUUUAUUUAAAAGGAGCAGAUGCAAUAAUGAAACAAUUUCUACCAGAAACUCAACGUGGAUUUGUAGAUGAAGAAUGUGAAAAUUUAGCAAGAGAGGGAUUGAGAACAUUAGUUUUAACUUAAAAGAUAAUUACUAAAGAAUUUUUUGAAGAUUGGAAAUAAAAGUUUGAAUAAGCUUAAUGUAUUGAAAAUGUAACUUAGAGAUAAAAUAAAUUAAGUAGAGUUAGAAAAGAAUUAGAGAAUCAUAUGUAAUUCUUAGGGAUAACAGGAGUUGAAGAUAAAUUAUAGGAAGAUGUUUGUUCAACUCUUGAAAAUAUAAGAAAUGCUGGAAUUAAUGUUUGGAUGUUAACUGGAGAUAAAAUUGAAACUGCUAUUUGUAUAGCUAUAUCAAGUGGAAUUAAAUCUGCAACAUAAGAGAUUUUUUUACUUAAGGAAAUAACAGAUGAAGAAACUUUAUAAUAGAGAUUAUAAUAAUUUGAAACUAGAACCAAUCAAUUAUUGGUUAUUGAUGGUACAAGUUUAACUACAGCAUUUAAAAAAGAAGAGUUUUUCUUUAGAAUUGCUACUUAAGCCUAAUCAGUUGUUUGUUGUAGAUGUUCUCCAACACAGAAAGCAUUAGUAACUGAAUGUAUAAAAAAAUAUACUCAUAAAAUUACUGCCUGCAUCGGAGAUGGGGGUAAUGAUGUAGGAAUGAUCUAAUCAGCUGAUGUAGGAAUAGGUAUUGAAGGAAAAGAAGGUAAAUAAGCAGCAUUAGCUAGUGAUUUUUCUAUUCUUAAAUUUAAAUACUUAAACUCCUUAUUACUUUGGCAUGGCAGAUUAUCAUAUAAGAGAUCUGCUUUAUUAUCUUAAUUUGUAACUCAUAGAGGAUUAAUUAUUUCAAUGAUUUAAACAGUUUUUAUGUGCAUCUACUUUUAUUUAAGUAUUAGUAUUUUCAGUAGUACAUUAAUCUUAGGAUAUGCUACAAUCUAUACGUAAUUAUUUAAUAUUAAUUAAUAUUAGAAUGUUUCCAGUAUUUAGUAUAAUUUUUGAUGAAGAUGUUGUAGAAAAAGUAGCAUUGGAAUUUCCUCCACUUUAUAAAUCAUUACAAAAGAGUAGAGAUUUAAAUUAGAAGACAUUUAUGAUUUGGUGUUGGAAAGCUACUUAUUAAGGAACCUUAAUAAUGAUUUUAGCUUAAUUUCUGUAUAAGAAUGUUUUCUUAUAUAUUGAGACAGCUGCAUUCACAUCUUUAAUUAUUACUGAAUAUUGCAUGAUUUUUAGUGAAGUAUUAUUGUAAUUCACAUAUUAUCUAGCUUAAUUCAUUACAUAUUGUAAUGUUCAUAUCAACAAUUGGUUCAACUGUAUUUUAUGUAUUGACUAUGGUUCUCAUUCCAGAAACUUUAGUGGUAGCAGAAGUUCUAAAUGGAACAUUUUGGAUAAACACUUUAAUAAUUGUAUUAUUUAGUUGGUGUCCAAUAUUCUUAUUUUAAUGGAUUGUAAGAAUAAAAUAACCAAAUGAUUAUGAGAAAAUCAUGAAAUAAGUGAAAGGUAAGAAAAAAAUAAAAACAAAUCUAUUCACUUGA